CUGCGGGCAGCCCGCGCGAAGGCCGGGAAGAUGGCGGCCUCCUGGAGGCUAGGCUGUGACCCCCGUGUCUUUCGCUAUUUCUUGCUUUUCCGCGGCCCACGAAGUCCCCAGCUGGUUAAGGGGGCUGUCGGGGGCUCUGCCGGCCGCGUGGCUGGUUGGAGAUGGUUUCACAGGACGCAGUGGACGCACGGUGGCCCCAUUAAGAUCCUCAUGCCAUCAUUGUCCCCAACUAUGGAAGAAGGAAACAUUGUGAAAUGGUUGAAAAAGGAAGGGGAAGCCGUGAGUGCUGGAGACGCACUGUGUGAAAUUGAGACGGAUAAAGCUGUGGUCACCUUAGACGCAGGGGACGACGGCAUCUUGGCCAAAAUAGUGGUUGAAGAAGGAGCGAAAAAUAUACGGCUAGGCUCGUUAAUUGGCUUGAUGGUUGAAGAAGGAGAAGACUGGAAGCAUGUGGAAAUUCCUAAAGAUGUAGGCCCUCCACCACCAGCUGCAAAGCCUUCCAUGCCUCCCCUUCCACCGGCACCCCCGGUUUCCGCCCCUGUCAAAAAGGAGCCCCGCCCCGGGAAGCCUCAGUUCCGCUUAAGUCCAGCUGCACGUAACAUUCUGGAUAAACAUGCACUUGAUGCUAGCCAAGGCACAGCGACCGGCCCCCGAGGGAUAUUCACUAAAGAGGAUGCUCUCAGACUGGUAGAGUUGAAGCAGAUGGGCAAGAUCGCUGAAUCAAGACCGACGCCAACCCCGCCACCCACUCCCACAGCAGCGCCCUCGCCCACCCUGGCGGCAGCAGGCCCUUCCUAUCCCCGGCCGAUGAUCCCACCAGUGUCGACUCCUGGGAAGCCUAACGCAGCGGGCACCUUCUCUGAAAUCCCUGCUAGCAAUAUUCGAAGAGUCAUUGCCAAGAGGUUAACUGAAUCUAAAAGCACUGUGCCUCAUGCCUAUGCUACUGCUGACUGUGACCUUGGAGCAGUUUUAAAAGUAAGACAAGAUCUGGUCAAAGGUGACAUCAAGGUGUCAGUGAAUGAUUUUAUCAUCAAGGCAGCAGCGGUGACCCUUAAACAAAUGCCAGAUGUGAAUGCAAGCUGGGAUGGAUACGGCCCAAAGCAAUUGCCCUUUAUUGACAUUUCAGUGGCUGUGGCAACUGACAGAGGUUUAAUUACACCCAUCAUAAAAAAUGUUCCUGCUAAGGGUAUACAGGAAAUUGCUGAUUCAGUGAAGGCUCUUUCCAAGAAAGCAAGAGAUGGAAAAUUGCUACCAGAAGAAUAUCAAGGCGGAUCUUUUAGUAUUUCCAACUUGGGCAUGUUUGGCAUUGAUGAAUUUUCUGCAGUGAUCAACCCCCCCCAGGCCUGCAUCUUGGCUGUGGGGAGAUUCCGACCCGUUCUGAAGCUCAGUCAGGACGAAGAGGGCAACCCCAGGCCGCAGCAGCACCACUUGAUAACGGUCACAAUGUCAAGUGACAGCCGAGUGGUAGAUGACCAACUAGCCACCAGGUUUCUUGAAAAUUUUAAAGCCAACCUUGAGAAUCCCAUCCGGCUUGCUUAAUCCUCCAAGAUAGGAAGUUGGGCCUUGGCUCGGCGGAUUUUAUAGGUGUUACCGAGAAACGAUAGCAAACAACAUUUAAAGGCAAUGUGGAUGAAUUGUUUAUUUAUUUAAAGCGAAAGAGUCUGGCCUAAGUUGUCUUUAUUGUCAGUCUGGGUUUCCUGUUGAAAUAAAACUAUGACUAAUGAAGGAAAAACACCAUUUGCUUAGGUAGAUCCUUUUUUUUUUUUUAACCUCUGGUGCUGUACAAACGGGAUGUUUUGCAGAUGUAAAUCCAGUGACAUGCUUGCUUAUAUGAGAGCGUUAGAACAUUUAAGAAUGUAUGCUAAAUUGUGUAAUAAAGAAAUUGUGUGAAAUUUAACUCAAUUGUGUUCAAGUUCAAAAUGGUCUUCCAAGAGAUGACCAUUAAUCUAGCAGUGACACUUCACUUUUACAAGUCCUGCUCUAAAUGCACUUGAACAAUUUGGUAUGUACAGAAACUUAUUCUGGAUAAUAGUAGAUUAGUAACUAAUAAGAAUCAAAUCAAAUUAGGGUUUGUGACAACAUUAUUGAAUUUUAUAUGUGUAUAAAGCCAUAUAUUUUAGAGUGGUUUCUUAACAUUCUGAUUUUUCACUUCUAUAACACUGUGAACUUCUAAAGACAAAAAAUAAAGAAGAGGGAAAGACCAAGAGAGGGGGGGAGAGAGGGAGUGUGUGUGUGUGUGUGUGUGUGAGAGAGAGAGAGAGAGAGUAUAGUGCAAAUAUCUAAAUUUUCCAUUGUGGGCUGCUCACCUUCAUGCUGAAUUGGGAAAUUAUGUAAAUAAGCUGUGUUAACGCCUAAAAAAAAAAAACAUGUUGUUAGUGUUGACUUAAACACAAAAUGUUUCUUAAUGCAUUUUAGUCACAUUUGUAUUGUGCAAUAAAAUACGAGAAAAUACAAAAUC